UCGUGAUAAUAUAGGGAAACUUUAGUCCGUAUAUCAGUUUUUUUUAAUCAAAGGGAAGAAAAUAUGGUCGGAAAUUGGAAAUUAUGCAUAUAAAAGAUUUUUCCUGAAAAGAAAUACUGGAAGUGCUGAGUAAAUAUCAAAAGCAAGUGGUGUAGUGUACGCAUUAUUCCGGAAGAAAGAGUUCAACCGGAAGGGACAUUGAAUAAACGAGCGGUAAAAAGUUAAAUUUGGUCAGCAAAAAAUUCGAAAUGAUCAGUAAAAAAUAAGAAAAUGGUCAGUAAAAAAUAAAAAAGGGCAGCAAAAAGUUUAAAAAGAUCAGUAAAAAUUAAAAAAGAGCAGUACUUUAUUAAAAGCGGUCAGUAAAAAAUGAAAAGUGGUCAGCAAAAAAUAAAACAUGAUGAGUACAAAGCAAAAAGUGAUCAGUGAAAAAUAAAACAUGAUCAGUAAAAAGUAAAAGAUGAUCAGUAAAAAACAAAAAGUGGUCAGUAAAAAAUAAAAAGUGGUCAGUAAAAAAUUAAAAAUGAUAAGUAAAGAAAUUGAAUUUGGUCAGCAAAAAAUUAAAAAUGAUCAGUAAAAAAAUUUAAAAAAGCAGCAAAAAAUUAAAAAUUAGCAGUAAAAAAUAGAGAAUGGUCAGUCAAAAGCAAAAAGUGGUCACUUUUAAAUGUUUACUGACCAAUUUUUGUUUUUUACUGCUCGUUUUUAAUUUUUUACUGACCAAUUUUUAUUUUUUACUGACCACUUUUAAUUUUUUAGUGACCGCUUUUAAUUUUUUGCUGACCACAUUUCAUUUUUUACUGACCACAUUUAAUUCUUUACUGUUCACUUUUAAUUCUUUACUAACCAAUUUUUAUUUUUUACUGCUCCUUUUUAAUUUUUUGCUGACCACUUUUUAAUAUCUCACUGAUCAAUACGAAUAUUUCUACUGAUCAUUUUUAAUUUUUUCCUGACCAAUUUUUAUUUUUUACUGCUCAUUUUUAAUUUUUUACUGUUUUUUUUAUUUUUUUUGCUGCUCAAUUUUAAUUUUUUGCUGAUCAACUCGAAUAUUUUUACUGUUCAUUUUUAAUUUUUUACUGACCAUAUUUUCUUUUUACUGUCCAUUUUUAUUUUUUACUGAUUAGUUUUUAAUUUUUUACUGAUCAACUCGAAUACAUCUACUGAUCAAUUCGAAGAUUUUACUGACCAAAUUUAACUUUUUACUGACCAAAUUUAACUUUUCACUGAUAAAAUUUUACUUUUUACUGACAAAAUUGAAAAUUUUUACUGAUUAUUUCAAAUUAUUUGCUGAUCAAAUUUAAUUUUUUGCUGAUCACUUUUGACUUUUUACUGGCCAUUUAUUUUUUUUCCGUGAUAAUAUAGGGGAACUUUAGUCCGUAUACCAGGUUUUUUUUAUCAAAGGGAAGGAAAUAUGGUCGGAAAUUGGAAAUUAUGCGUAUAAAAGAUUUUUCCUGAAAGGAAAUACUGGAAGUGCUGAAUAAAUAUCAAAAGCAAGUGGGGUAGUGUACGCAUUAGCCCCUUAAUAUCGCUCCCAUUAUCUCCUCGAAAUGUAACUUUUCAUAGAAUUUUCAAAAUGAUGGCACAUCAUUUGUAAAUUCGCGUAAUGAGCACGCACUGUCUGCCUGACAGACAGAUUCAUUUUAAAGCUUGGUACAUUUUUAAGGAGAUAGUGGUAUCACAAAUAGAAAAUUGUUGGAUCGCACAACGUCAGUCAAGAAAGAGAGGGUUUAGUGAUCAGUAGUCAACGAAAUUAUGAAGUGGAAGAGACCUGAAACAGUUGAGUUUCCCAGAGUUUGGUGGAGAUUCAAAGCCAAGGAUCCAGAAUCUGGACAGACGGUUGACUAUCGUAUUGAGGAUCUCACUGAAGAUCGAUACGAUGAGGUUGUAGACCUCAUGAUUAACUACUUUGUUCCAGAUGAAAUCAUGAGUAAAUCACUUGGUAUUACCAACGAUGAAGUAUCAAUGGCAGAAAUGAGGAGCUUUUGGGAAGAAUCCGUUCCCUAUAAGCUAACACUAGUCUGCUAUAGAGAAGGGUCGAAUGAAAUAUGUGGAUUGAAUGUCCUCGAAGUUGUUGAGGAGGCAGAUACCUUAGCAAAUGAUCUGUCGAGUAUCAAAGGACAAAAGUUCAGAAGCAUUCUGUCAGUUUUCGUUUUUCUGAAACAGAAGGGAGAUGUCUAUAGACGUUACAAAGUGGACAAGUACCUUCAUGGACUUGGUCUUUUGACCUUACCCAAAUACCGAGGAUGUGGAAUUGCCACUGAACUCCUUAAAGCUCGAUUUCCUUUAAUGAAGGCCAUGGAUUUAUCUCUAACAUGUACAGUAUUUUCUGGACCUGGAUCUCAAGGUGCAGCACGAAAAGCCGGUUUCACAGACGAUGUAGUAGUUACAUAUGAGUCUUUGGGCAAGAAUGAACCCUUUGUGGAAUUUCCCAACAUCUCUUGGCCAGUUGUAAAGUUUCAGUCUUACUAUUUAAAAUAAUGAUGAUAAUAGAGUAGUAAUAAAAACAUUUAUUGAUGACUCAAGCAAAACAUUUUACAAUUAAGAGACUACAGUAGACUCUCACUCACUCGGCUCGAUCGGCUCUUUUUCAAUCUUUAUCUUUUUUAAUUGAGCGCUUUUGUGGAAUUUACAAAGGCUUUGACGCCCAAAUCUAUAGAUUAACCGGAUGAAAUUUCGCCCCAAAUGCCCAUUUGAGAGAGAGUCUACUGUAUAUAGGAUAAUGGAGUAGUUCCUUGCGUGAAUGAUUUUUUGAAAUAUAAAAUUUUGUUAUAAUAAUUAAAAUAUAUAUUAUGGUAAAUGUAUUGUUUAUCAGAGUCGAUACCCAUUGAAAUAGGAAAAUAACUGAAAUUCAUUGGAAUGUCCAUAUACAAGCCUUAAAAAAUAACUUCAGAUCUUCGAUACAGAAUUUCUAAUUAUUUGGCAUUGAUCGGGUUAAUAAUCGAUUAAAAUCCAUUUAAAUUUGUAAGGAAUUCCAAAGAUUUUACAACUAUUCCAAAUAUGUAUGUAUCAACCGGUUAAGGAAUAUACUGCUUAGAGCUACUAAGGGUCUGCUUAAGUCACAAAGUUGUACCACAACAUACUUUAAUUUUUUUCUAAACAAUAAAAAAAGUACUCCAGACUU